CCGGGCCUUCUGAGCCCGAACAAGCGACCGCGAACCUCCCCGGCGUCGCUCCACCGGCCUUCGCCGACUCGGACCCUGGAGUCUCGGAUUCCGGACCGUCGGUGCCCAGGGGCUUAGGCUCGACUCUCGGCGGCCCCCUGGAUUCCCAGUUUGCCGGACCCUCGGACGCCAGCCUGGGCUUUGCUCCAGGCCCCCGGGUCUUGCCCUGCGGCCCCAGUCCACAGCACCACCGGGCCCUGCGCUUCUCCUACCACCUGGAGGGCUCGCAGCCCAGGCCUGAGAGAACAUCUGCCAGGUCAAGCAAGGCCUGGGUGCAGUCUGGCCACAAAGGUGAAGUGAGGAAGCUGGGCUGGACCCCAUGUUCAAAGGAAAGAGGGCUACACCAGGGAAAUCGGAUCCUGGUUAAAAGUUUAUCUCUUGACCCUGGCCAGAGCCUUGAGCCCCAUCCAGAAGGUCCGCAGAGGCUUCGCUCAGACCCCGGUCCCCCUACUGAAAACCCUAGCCAGCGUCCUUCACCACUGAAACGGGCACCGGGCCCAAAGCCCCAGGUCCCCCCAAAGCCCAGUUACCUGCAGAUGCCCCGGAUGCCCCCUCCACCUGAGCCCAUCCCCCCUCCACCAUCACGACCGCUGCCUGCAGACCCCCGAGUGGCCAAGGGCCUGGCCCCCAGGGCAGAGGCCAGCCCCAGUUCGGCAGCAGUAUCCUCACUGAUUGAGAAAUUUGAAAGAGAGCCUGUGAUUGUCGCCUUGGAUAGGCCAGUCCCUGGCCCCAGCCCAGGUCCCACAGAGCCAGCCAUGUUGCCACAACCACCCGUGCAGCCACCAGUGCCCCAGCUCCCUGAGGGCGAGGCCUCCCGCUGCCUGUUCCUGCUGGCUCCUGGGCCCCGGGACGGUGAGAAGGUGCCCAACCGGGACAGCGGCAUUGACAGCAUCAGCUCACCAUCCAACAGUGAGGAAACCUGCUUCGUCAGUGAUGACGGGCCCCCCAGCCACAGCCUCUGCCCCGGGCCCUCUGCCCUGGCUAGUGUCCCUGUUGCUUUGGCUGACCCCCACCGGCCCAGCUCCCAGGAGGUUGAUAGUGACCUGGAGGAGGAGGACGACGAGGAGGAUGACGAGAAGGACAGAGAAAUCCCAGUGCCCCCGAUGGAGAGACAGGAGUCUGUGGAGUUGACUGUGCAACAGAAGGUGUUCCACAUUGCCAAUGAGCUCCUGCAAACUGAAAAGGCCUACGUUUCCAGGCUUCAUCUCCUGGAUCAGGUAUUCUGUGCGCGGCUGCUGGAAGAAGCUCGGAACCGCAGUUCCUUCCCGGCUGAUGUUGUCCAUGGCAUCUUCUCUAACAUCUGUUCCAUCUACUGCUUCCACCAGCAGUUCCUGCUGCCUGAGCUAGAGAAGCGCAUGGAGGAAUGGGACCGCUACCCACGCAUUGGAGACAUCCUGCAGAAGCUGGCACCCUUUCUUAAGAUGUACGGCGAGUACGUGAAGAACUUUGACCGGGCAGUGGAGCUGGUCAACACCUGGACAGAGCGCUCCACCCAGUUUAAAGUGAUCAUCCAUGAGGUGCAGAAGGAGGAAGCUUGUGGGAACCUGACAUUGCAACACCACAUGUUGGAGCCCGUGCAGCGCAUCCCCCGCUAUGAGCUACUUCUCAAGGACUAUCUGUUAAAGCUGCCCCAUGGCUCCCCGGACAGCAAGGAUGCCCAAAAGUCUCUGGAGCUGAUAGCCACAGCAGCAGAGCACUCUAAUGCUGCCAUCCGCAAAAUGGAGCGAAUGCAUAAGCUGCUGAAAGUCUAUGAGCUGUUAGGGGGUGAGGAAGACAUUGUCAGCCCCACCAAAGAGCUCAUAAAAGAAGGCCACAUCCUUAAGCUGUCAGCAAAGAAUGGGACCACUCAAGACCGUUACCUCAUAUUAUUCAAUGACCGCCUUCUUUACUGCGUGCCCAGGCUGCGGCUCCUUGGCCAGAAGUUUAGCGUGCGGGCACGCAUUGAUGUAGAUGGCAUGGAGCUAAAGGAAAGUUCCAACCUCAAUCUGCCUCGGACCUUCCUGGUGUCAGGAAAGCAGCGCUCCCUGGAGCUUCAGGCCAGGACUGAGGAGGAGAAGAAAGACUGGGUCCAGGCCAUCAACUCCACCCUCCUGAAGCAUGAACAAACGCUGGAGACCUUCAAACUGUUAAACUCAGCAAACAGGGAAGAUGAAGACACACCCCCUAACUCUCCAAACGUGGAUCUUGGGAAGCGGGCACCUACACCCAUCCGAGAAAAGGAAGUCACCAUGUGCAUGCGCUGCCAGGAGCCCUUCAAUUCCAUCACCAAGCGCAGGCACCACUGCAAGGCCUGCGGGCAUGUGGUUUGUGGGAAGUGCUCCGAGUUCCGGGCCCGCCUCAUCUAUGAUAACAACCGCUCCAACCGCGUGUGUACUGACUGCUACGUGGCCUUGCAUGGGGUACCUGGGAGCAGCCCAGCCUGCAGCCAGCAUACACCCCAGCGCCGGAGGUCCAUCCUGGAGAAACAGGCCUCAGUGGCUGCGGAGAACAGCGUGAUCUGCAGCUUCCUACACUACAUGGAGAAGGGUGGGAAAGGCUGGCACAAGGCAUGGUUUGUGGUCCCUGAGAAUGAACCCUUGGUGCUGUACAUCUAUGGAGCCCCUCAGGAUGUGAAAGCCCAGCGUAGCCUACCCCUCAUUGGGUUUGAGGUGGGGCCUCCUGAGGCGGGGGAGCGGCCUGACAGAAGGCAUGUCUUCAAGAUCACCCAGAGCCACCUGAGCUGGUACUUCAGCCCUGAGACAGAGGAGCUACAGCAGCGCUGGAUGGCUGUGCUUGGCCGGGCAGGCCGUGGGGACACGUUCUGCCCAGGGCCCACACUGUCUGAGGACAAAAUACAGUUUAUUUCAGGCUUACAGAAACUUUUAGAGCACUGCUGUGCUCCAUUUGUCCAUCUGUUUAUUUGUCCAAAGUACCAGGCUGCAAGCGUGGGCCCAGAAACUGUUCCCUUGCUGAGUUCUGAAGCUCAGCUACCAGAAGGCUGA